AUGAGUGACAAGGCUAUCUUUGCAGCUGGAUGCUUUUGGGGAGUUGAGCACAUUUACAACAAACACUUUAAGCACCUUGGUAUCAAGACUCGAGUUGGUUAUACGGGUGGUCAAGUGGAGAACCCUGAAUACCAAGAGGUGAAGAAGGGAUCGACUCAACAUGCUGAAGCCAUCGAGAUUGUGUUUGACCCCAAGCAAGUGUCUUAUGAAACGUUGGUGGAAUUCUUUUACAAGAUGCAUGAUCCCACCACUCUCAACGCCCAGGGCCCUGAAGAUAUUGGAACACAAUACCGAUCUGCCAUCUUUUAUCUCUCCGAAGAACAAAAACAAAUUGCUGAACAAGUGACACAACAAGUACAAGAAGCCCAUUACAAGGGUACUCCUAUCGUUACUGAAAUCACACCUGCAAGCAAGUUUUACGAUGCUGAAGAAUACCACCAAUUUUACUUGGAGAAGAAUCCAGAAGGUUAUGCAUGCCCAACUCAUUAUCUACGAUGGUAA